GAUGACACUUGGUUAAAGCCAGACCACAAGCUUCGAAGGUGCUAUUGGCUAUUGCUUUGGUGCACAUAUAUAAACGAAAAUAUUAGUUCUGAUACGAACUAUAUAGCUGCUAAAAGCUUAGUCCAUUCGAUCUCCCCGACCCCCCCCCCCCAACCCAAUAUGGAAAUCACAACCAUGAACCAUGCCAUGCAACUCCACGCCCAACUAAUCAAGAGGGGAGAGGACCAAAACACCCUCUCCCUGAGCAAAAUCUUCACCUUCUCUGCCCUAUCGAAUUCAGGAACUCUCACCUAUGCCCGUCAAAUUUUUAAUUCCCUCCAACACCCUAAUUCAUAUUUCUGGAACACCAUGAUCAGAGGCUAUGCAGCAAGCGCAGAGCCUAGCGAGGCACUUCUCUUUUUCCUCUCAACGUGGCAGCAAGAGCAUGCACCAAACCCGGACAACUUCACCUACCCCUUCCUCCUCAAAUCCUGCGCACGCCUACAAUGGAACCAUGAAGGAAAACAACUCCAUGCACUCAUCUACAAAGCAGGCCUUGAAUCCGAUCGGUUCAUACAAAAUUCUCUCAUCCAUAUGUACUCCUCAUGUGGAGAGCUUAGUUAUGCAGUACAUGUAUUCGAGAAAAUGCCUGAUCGAGAUGUUGUCUCUUGGACCUCAAUCAUUGAUGGGCAUGUUGACGACGAUCAACCAAUCAAAGCAUUAAAGUUGUUUGAACAUAUGCGAGGUGAUGGCAUUACACCAAAUGAUGCAACUUUAGUGUCUGUUCUGAGAGCUUCCGCUGACACAGGAGCACUGGGUAUCGGGCAGAAAGUUCAUCAGAUUGCCAAACAGAUUGGACUUGAUUCAAAGUCUAAUGUCUCUACAGCUCUGAUUGACAUGUACACAAAAUGCGGGUGUAUAGAUAGUGCUCAACAGGUAUUUGCAGCAAUUAUAAACAAAGAUAUUUUCGCAUGGACAGCCAUGAUUUCUGGCCUCGCCAGCCAUGGACGGUGUAAAGAUGCCAUUGAUCUGUUUGAUCAAAUGAGAGAAUUUAAUCUGAGACCAGAUGAACGAACAAUAACUGCAGUUUUAUCUGCUUGCAGAAAUGCAGGUUGGGUUGGCAAGGGCUACUACUACUUGGAAAAUAUGGAGAUGAUAUAUGGAUUAAGACCCACAAUUCAACACUAUGGAUGCAUGGCUGAUCUUCUUGCUCGAACUGGGCAUCUGAAAGAUGCAGAAGAAUUUAUCCAGAAGAUGCCAAUAAGACCUGAUGCAGUGCUAUGGCGAACCCUGAUUUGGGCCUCUAAAGUUCAUGGAGAUACUGAUAGGUGCGAGCGUUUGAUGAACCACCUUCAAAAUGUCAAAACCAAUGACAGUGGAAGUUAUGUUCUCCUUGGAAAUGUGUUUGCCUCAGCUGGAAAAUGGCAUGAAAAGGCAAAAGUGAGAGAGUUGAUGAAUCAGAAGAAACUCGAAAAACCACCAGGGUCUAGUAAGAUUGAAGUGGAAGGUACCAUCCAUGAAUUUGUAGCAGGGGACUCAUGUCAUCAAGAAGCAAAAAAAAUAUAUACAAAGUUGGAAGACAUAGCAAGGCGACUGAUAGGACAAGGCUACCAACCAAAACUUUCAGAAGUCAUGCUUGAUAUCGAGGACGAGGAGAAAACUUUUCAAUUGCACCACCAUAGUGAAAAGCUUGCUGUUGCUUUUGGGCUAAUAAAGACAAACUCCACAACCAAAAUUAGGAUUGUGAAAAACUUGCGAUCUUGUGAGGAUUGCCACUCUGUGAUGAAACUGAUCUCAAAAAUAUACCAGCGAGAGAUCAUUAUUAGAGAUCGCAUCAGGUUCCACCAUUUCAAGAAUGGAAAAUGUUCUUGUGGGGAUUUCUGGUAAUGAGAAAAAUGUUAUUUUCAAGGAUCUGAGCACGAGCUAUUUAUUAUCUGUCCAGACAUGCUAAACACAACCCCUGUAGAGAAGAACAUGAAGGUGGAAAUCUAUCCUGAGCCGACUUGAGGAAUUUAACCAAUUCUUUUAUUUGA